AUGACGAUCACAACACCAAGCAAUAACGGGCAACUCGCCCGCUGGCUCAACAGAAAAGGAGAUGUAUGUUUCGAAGUAGCCUUCUUCGCGACUGCCGCAAUAUUCUUCGUCGCCUUGGGCGCUGCCAUCAUCGCCCUCAGCUUGGUCGUCGGAGGCCUGUUCGUCGCGGGCGUCAUAUUGUUCGGCGCGGCGGAUACGACGAGCGAGAAGGUCAACAAGGUCGCCUCGCCAGAACAGAUCCAAGCACAGACGAAAGAAAUGAUGAAGGAGAAAGGCACCGAAAAACAGGAAAGUGCCGUGGAGCAGGAUGACGUUCAAAAGAAGGACGACGCUGCUCAGGAGAACGACGACGACACUCAAAAUAAAGACGGCCCCAAGAAGAACAUAUUGAAGAAGAAGCAGCAGGAGACGGCACAGACAAAGUCUACCGGGCUACGAAAGUUGAGACCCAUAUCAGAUUGGGAUCGCAUUCUAUGCCAAGAGGUGGAGCGGAAAAUGGACUGUACAAGACGGAAGAGCAACAUUGACAAAGGUGGAACUUCAGAAAGUGCCUCGCGAUUAGGGACUUUCGUUUCGUCAUCGACAAACCACAAACUUACUCAACGAUGA